AUGGGUUUUCGAAUCAAGAAGCCAGAGGGAGAGCCAGGCGCAUCAUGGCCUGCCAUUCUGGUUGGGCUGUUUGUGGCCUUUGGUGGUGUUCUCUAUGGAUACGAUACGGGAAUCAUCAGUGGUAUACUGGCUAUGCCGUAUUUCAUCCAAUCGUUUGCGACGGGAGACAACACCAAGAUUACGACUUCACAGGACUCACUCAUCGUCUCGAUCUUGUCGGCGGGUACUUUCCUCGGUGCAUUGACCGCAGCGCCUGUCUCUGAUAUACUUGGGCGAAGAUGGGGUAUUAUCGCCUCCUGCACUUUUGUCUUCAACCUAGGCGUUAUAUUGCAGACCAUCUCGRCGUCCCAGCCACUGUUUAUCGCAGGAAGAUUCUUCGCUGGAUAUGGAGUUGGUCUGAUCAGUGCCAUGAUUCCAAUGUACCAAAGUGAGACGGCUCCCAAGUGGAUUCGAGGAACUGUUGUGGGUGCCUACCAGCUUGCCAUCACCAUCGGAUUGUUCCUUGCGGCCAUUGUCAACUAUGGUACUACCGACCGCAAUGACAGUGGAAGCUAUCGCAUUCCAGUCGCCAUUCAGUUUGCCUGGAGUCUCAUCAUCUGCUUGGGAAUGCUUUUCCUUCCAGAGACYCCGCGUUUCCUUAUCAAGCAAGACAAGCACGAUCAAGCUGUCAAAUCUCUAGCCAGGCUUCGUCGACUACCAUUGGAUCAUCCCGCCAUCCUUAGUGAGCUUGCUGAGGUGGAAGCCAACCAUCGCUACGAGUGCUCGAUCUCCAAAGCUACAUAUAUGGAUUGUUUCAAGGGCACGGUCGGCAAGCGUCUACUUACGGGAUGCUGUCUGCAAGGUCUCCAGCAACUCAGCGGUGUGAACUUCAUCUUCUACUACGGCACCCAAUACUUCCAGAACGCAGGCUUUGAGCAAGGCGGCUUCAUCAUCCAAGUCAUCACCAACUCGGUGAAUGUUGUUUCGACUCUACCUGGUCUGUACCUCGUUGAGAAGCUUGGACGACGCAACCUGCUCCUUAUGGGUGCCAUUGGAAUGUGUGUCAGUCAAUUCAUCGUGGCCAUCACCGGUACAGCCGCCAGCGCCGACAACCUUGACGCCCAACGUGCGGCGAUCUCCUUCGUCUGCAUUUACAUCUUCUUCUUCGCUUGUUCCUGGGGACCUGUCGCAUGGGUGGUGACUGGCGAGCUAUUUCCCCUUCGCGUCCGUGCCAAGUGUCUUUCGAUGACCACGGCUACCAACUGGCUCCUUAACUUUGCGAUCGCUUACUCAACCCCUUACAUGGUGAACGAGGACCACGCCAAUCUACAGAGCAAGGUGUUCUUCGUUUGGGGAUCCUUCUGCUUCAUCUGCAUUGCUUUCGUCUAUUUCAUGAUCUACGAAACUAAGGGAUUGAGUCUGGAAGAGGUUGAUGAGUUGUACACCCGGGUCUCGCAAGCUUGGAAGAGUCAAAAUUUCGUGCCGGAGAUCUCCUUCCAGGAUAUCAAGGUUGGACCUGACGGACAGCGAGGAGAGAGUCUGGCAGAGGCUGUGGAGCGCAAGCAGAGUAUGACUCAAGUCGAAUGA